AUGAUGGUUUUCAAGCUUUCUAUUGGUGUAUCUUUUGUAAUCCUGAUUUUGAUUGGCAUGGUUAACAUUGGAUAUAGUGAAAAUCUUGUUGAAGAGGAGAAGACAUCUUUUAGGCAUGGUGAGGGAGUUAGAAAGGCUGGAGGAGCAUUCGACGAUGGGUGUGAUGCCAAAAGAGGAUCUAGUUGUGGGCUUCGAGGAAAAAAAAGGUUAAAUUUGGGGAUGGGGGUUGGUAUGGGAGGUCUAGGAAUGAGGUUCGGGUUCGGGGUAGGGAUGGGGACUGGUAUUGGUAUUGGUAGUACUAGUACUGGUAGUACCGGUACCGGUAGCAUCGGUACCGGUACUGGUAGCACCGGUACCGGUACUGGUGGGGGUAAUAAUGUAACUGGUAGUACUGGUACUGUGCCCGCAAAUAUAGGGAUUGGAACUGGGGAUGGGGCCAUAAAUAAGACUAUAAGUAUAGGGACAAUGGAUGCAAAUGGGAUUGUGAAUCCAGGAACUGAGACUGGAAUCUAA